CCCACAGGAAACAGAACAGCUGUGGGGCAGACCGCGGAAAGCCCGGGAGGUUGGGACUCCGACUCUGCUUUGAGUGAGGAGAACGAGGGCAGGAGGCGCUGCGCGGACGUUCCGGGAGCGAGUGGAGCCUGCCGCACCAGGGUGACCCUGAGCCUGGACCAGCCGAUCUGCGAGAUGCACGCCGUCAAGGACUUGGAGGAGGAAGCCCCAGUCCGCAGCGACAGCGAGACGUCAGCCAGUGUGUCAGGCGACCACAGCCCAAGAGUUGAGGACGAUGGUGUUAGUACCGGAGGUGCACGCGUGCCUGGGUUGUGCAGCUCAGCCGGCAGCGGAGCUAGCGGCGCUCCGGCAGGCAGCAUGGAGGAAGAGGAAGAGCCCGCAGCCCCCAAGCCUCGAAAGAAACGUUCUAGGGCAGCCUUCUCGCAUGCCCAGGUUUUCGAGUUGGAGCGCCGUUUUAACCAUCAGCGCUACCUCUCUGGGCCAGAGCGUGCAGACCUGGCGGCGUCCCUAAAGCUCACCGAGACGCAGGUCAAAAUCUGGUUUCAGAAUCGUCGAUACAAGACCAAACGCAGACAGAUGGCCGCAGACCUGCUGGCCUCGGCGCCCGCCGCCAAGAAAGUGGCAGUAAAAGUGCUGGUGCGUGACGACCAAAGACAGUAUCUGCCGGGAGAGGUGUUGAGGCCCCCCUCUCUUCUGCCACUGCAGCCCUCCUACUACUACCCUUACUACUGCCUCCCGGGCUGGGCGCUGUCCACAUGCGCAGCCGCCGCUGGUACCCAGUGAACCGCUUGCAGAGAGGCAGCGG